AUGCGCGCCGCGGCCUUCCUCGCACGAACAUGCCUCCGCCACGGUAGCCAGCCUGUCCGCCCACAGGUCCGGCGACAUGUACAGCAGAGCCUACGGCGCGGACACCCGACCAACCCAUUCUCGACCUUUCGUUACCUCCGAUACACCUUCCGCCCACCCCCAGCGCCGGUCAAAGGCGGCUCGGCACUUCUCCUCGCCCUCAGCCCAGCAGCCUUCGUCUCCAUCGCGGACGGGGAAGACGAAGAGCACGAGCACAAUGGCAAGACGCACGAACAAGAGAUGCUGGAGAUAUCCAUGCAGGAGCUGGCGGACUACGUGCCAGAACGGCUGCGAGGGUCACGAAAGAUUCGAAGAGGGAUAUGGCGAUUCGUGGAUACGUGGAUCGUGGAGCCCAUAGCAACUGGCCUACGCUUCUUGCAUUUGGUGGUUAUUUUCGUGCCGGUGCUUGCUACCAUACCCAUCAUGUGGUUUGGCGGAAGGGUGGGGGAGAGGGACAACGAGAGGAGAGGAACGUUGUGGUGGUAUGGCUUCCUGGUCUCGUCGAUGGAGAGGGCGGGCGCGGCGUUCAUCAAGCUGGGUCAGUGGGCGGCGAGCAGGACGGAUAUCUUUCCUACGGAGCUGUGUAUGGUCAUGUCGUCGCUGCACUCGAACGCACCGGCGCAUUCGCUCAAGGUCACGAAAGCCACGAUUGAGCGUGCUUUUGGCAGGAAGUUCGACGACAUUUUUGAAGAGUUCCAAGAGAAGCCGCUGGGUGUGGGAGCCAUUGCGCAGGUGUACAAGGCAAAGUUGAAAUCCGAUUUGGCAUCUAUGGAUGAAGACUCUACGAAGCAACCGAGUACGCUGCGGGAACGAGCACAGCGGAAUCUAGAUCCCCUGCUGAAGAGCACGCCCCAGCGCGUUCCGUCGAGCUAUGUGGCAAUCAAAGUGCUACACCCGAAGAUCGAGCGGAUAGUAAGAAGAGAUCUACGGAUCAUGGGCUUCUUUGCCAACAUCAUCAACGCCAUCCCAACCAUGGAAUGGCUCAGCUUCCCAGACGAAGUCGACCAGUUCGGCGAGAUGAUGAGACUACAGCUCGACCUGCGCAUUGAAUCCGCAAACCUGACGCUUUUCCGACGAAACUUCCGGAACAGAAGCACAGCCUGGUUCCCAUACCCCUACACCCAGUACACGACACGCCAGGUCCUCGUCGAGGAGUUCGCCACCGGCAUUCCGCUCGAACACUUCCUCCAGAACGGUGGCGGCGUCUUCCAGAAAGAGAUCGCCGACGAGGGUCUCGACGCUUUCCUCCACAUGCUUCUCAUCGACAACUUCAUCCAUGCCGACCUUCAUCCCGGCAACAUCAUGGUCCGCUUCUACCGACCAGCGAAGGUGGAUGUCAAGUCGAGCCUGCCAGAGAGCUUGCAAAACAAGGCAGGGAUGAAGGUCGCCGCAAUCCAGAACGGCGAAGACGUGACCGAGACCGUGCUCGCUCGUCUCCGACCCCAUCGGCACAACAAGCAGGAAUGGCUUGACACUCUCACAGCCAUAGAUCGCGAGGGAUACAGGCCGCAGCUCAUCUUCAUCGACACUGGCCUAGUCACCGAGCUGAAUGACAAGAACCGAAAGAACUUCCUGGACCUCUUCAAGGCCGUUGCUGAGUUCGACGGCUACAAGGCCGGUCAUCUGAUGGUGGAAAGAUGCCGACAGCCGGACGUGGUCCUCGACAAGGAAGUCUUCGCACUGCGGAUGCAGCAUCUCGUGCUCGGAGUCAAGUCAAGGACCUUUGCGCUGGGCAACAUCAAGAUUGGUGAUAUCCUGAAUGAAGUGCUGGACAUGGUCCGAGGACACCAUGUGAGGUUGGAAGGCGAUUUCGUCAAUGUUGUACUGUCGAUUUUGCUGCUUGAAGGGAUCGGCAGGAGUCUGGACCCAAACCUUGAUUUGUUUUCGGGGGCUCUCCCAAUCCUGCGGCAGCUGGGUGCGCAGAAGAGUGGUCCUCCGGACUGGUCGAUGCUCAAGGUGUGGGCAGGUCUUGAAGCAAGAAAGUUCUUGCAGGCCAGUGUCGAGAGUGUGGAGGCCUGCGUCCGCUACGACCAGCUCUCACCGAACAUCUAG